UCAUCCACUGUUACUGAGGACAAGACACAAGAUAAAAUGAUCCUGAUCAAGGAGAACAUGACCUGGGACGAUGCCUUGAAGUACUGCAGAAUGAACCACUGUGACCUGGUCUCCAUCACCAACCCUGACGAGCAGCGAUGGGUCCAAGAGAAAGCCAAGAAGGCCAACAGUCCCUACGUCUGGCUGGGACUGCGCUACACCUGCACUCUGGGUUUCUGGUUCUGGGUCAAUGAAGAGAUGGUCACCUAUAAGAACUGGGUCACAGGUGUACCAGCGGAUGACUGUGACAUGUCUGGAGCCAUGGACAGAGGAGGAGAACAUAAGUGGUUCAAAAAGAAUGACAAUGAGAAGUUUAAUUUCAUCUGUUCUACGUGCCAAACCCUCUAUACUCACUGUUAGCAGGCCUUUGAUUCAUUUACUCACUUUGUUUGCAGUGCUGUGUUACAUUUGGAACAUUUACACUAUAAGAUGUGUUUGUUGAACGGCAUUCUGGGACAUGUAGUAAUCCCAGCCUGAGGGGGAGAGAUGUGAAAUCACCAGCAGACUUUUUAACAGCAGAUUUAAAUAGAGAGAAAGUAGCUACAUUGAAGUCAGUUUCAAAGCAGCAUCAGAUUACUGAGGAUGUGACCCUGUGAUGGGUUUUUCUGUCUCUUUAUUCUGAUUCAACAACACCUGAGUUAUCAAUAUUUGUCAUUUUCUGAGCUUGUUGUUGUUAUAUUUUAUUUCUCUAUCUUUAAUUCAUCUUCUGAGGUUGUAUUUAGUUUUCUGUAUAAUUCACAGUGUGUAUGGUCGACAUCUUUAUGGUAGGAACUGGAAUGAAUACACCAGCAGAUUUAAAUUGAGAGAAAGUCGCUACAUUGAAGUCAGUUUCAAAGCAGCAUCAGAUUACUGAGGAUGUGACCCUGUAAGUAGUGAUGGCCAAAUGAGGCCUCAUGAACCACUGUCUUUAUUUUCUGAAGCCACCAGAUGGUGCUGUCUGUUCAACAAAGGUUUGAACAUUGCAAGUU